AACGCUAUAUACACUCAUAACAUGGAGGAGGCCCGAGCUAGAGGAAUCCACUGGAAACUUUUCGCACUUUAUUGCUUAUUGGCUAAUGUCUUUGCCCAAGAUUUCGGUCCGACGCAGUUUAUCUGCACAUCCGUGCCCAAAGACGUGGACAUUUGUACGGCCACGCUGCAGAACAGCGUGCACGGAGAGGAGCUUAGAGCCACGGUCAUGCAGCUCAGGGAGACGGUGCUUCAGCAGAAGGAAACCAUCGUAAACCAGAAGGAGACCAUCAGAGAGCUCACGGCUAAGCUCACGCGCUGCGAGAGCCAGAGCGCUCCCGAGGCUGGAGGAGGAGGGAGACGGAAGGAGUCGGGCUCCAAAAACACCAUGGGGGAUGUGUCCAGGGGUCCUAGUGAGACACUCGCGCAACUCUCGCAGACUUUGCAGAAUCUAAAGCAAAGAUUAGAAAACCUGGAGCAAUUCAGCCGAAGUAACGGUUCGGCUCCGGCAAACAGUCUAAAGGAUCUGCUGCAGAGCAAAAUCGACGACCUAGAGCGCCAGGUGCUGGCCCGCGUUAACGCCGUGGAGGAGGAGGGCAGACCGGCCGCGCGCAACGAGAGCGCGCAGCGCGGGCAAGUCGAGGCUACGCUUACAUCUCUGCACCAGCGCCUCAGCGACCUGGAGAAAGGUCAAAAGGAAGCCAGACCACUGGACAAAUUCCAGUUGACGUUUCCCCUGAGGACCAAUUACAUGUAUGCUAAAGUGAAAAAGAGUCUGCCAGAGAUGUAUGCCUUCACCGUGUGUAUGUGGCUUAAAUCAAAUGCGUCGCCUGGAGUGGGAACGCCAUUCUCAUAUGCUGUCCCUGGUCAGGCCAAUGAGUUAGUUCUUAUUGAGUGGGGAAACAACCCAAUGGAGAUUCUUGUUAAUGACAAGGUUGCAAAGCUGCCUUUUCUCAUUAAUGAUGGAAAAUGGCAUCACAUUUGUGUUACGUGGACAACACGUGAUGGAGUGUGGGAUGCUUUCCAAGAUGGCGUCCUGAGAGGGAGCGGGGAGAAUCUGGCACCAUAUCAUCCAAUUAAACCCCAAGGCAUGCUCAUAUUAGGACAAGAACAGGACACUCUUGGUGGAGGGUUUGAUGCUACUCAGGCAUUUGUGGGCGACAUGGCAAAUUUUAACAUCUGGGACCGCAAGCUGACUGUAGGAGAGAUUUAUAAUCUGGCAACAUGCAGCAGUAAAGCACAAGUGGGUAAUGUCUUCUCCUGGCUGGAGACCAGCAUUGAGAUCUAUGGUGGAGUAUCCAAAUGGACCUUUGAAGCUUGCCGUCAACUGAACUGAACUAUAUGGGAAUUAUAAAGCUAACAAGAAACCAUCCAGUUCAUCAUCAGAUAUAAUUUAAAAGCUAUGGAGAUGACCAUGGCAACAAAACAAAUAUCAUCUGGAUUUUUUGUAAGUGUUUGAGAAUUCUUGUGAACACUUGAGAAUUUUUUUUUGGUUUGUGAAAAGAAAUACUUACCCACAUCUAUUUUGGAUUUUGAAACCGAAGAGAAGAUUGAAAUGGUUUGUAUUCAAAGUUUCUAUUCUGACAACACUGCAUUAUUACCCACAUUUUUUCUGAUCUGCUGCUGGGCAAAUGAUGCCAUAUUGAACAGUUAGCCUACUUGACACACAACGGCAAAGGCAUCUGAACAUAUGAUUUAUCAUUAGUGCACAAAGUCAGGUACACUUGCAUUAAAUUUGUGAUGUCAUAUUACCUACUUUUCCCAUACAAGAAUAGCACUGG